AUGGCUAAAUUCGUGCCACGGCAGAGAAAGCACAGGGUGCUGGCUCGCGAACGAGCCAAAGAAAAUGCUCGCCAUGAAGUCGAAGACACCAACCAGGAAAUCUUGCCGGCUGCGAAAAAGGACCUGGAGGAGAAGAAGGCUCGCAUGAAGGAGCAGCUGAAACAAGAUGGCGUGAAAAUGAGCGGCAAGAAGGCGAAGCGCCUUGAGAAAUAUAUCGAUAACAAGCUCCGAAAAGACGAAAACCGAGAAUUGCUUGCGAAGCUAGCCGAGAGAAAGAUUGAUACGAGCCUGUUUUCGAGCAGCAGAUCUCUUGGACAGGGACGCGAAACGAAGAAACAGGCAUUGACUCGUGCGCUGAGAGAGCACAGAGCUGGAGUUGAUCCCACGUCGUCGGCAGAGACUCUCCUUUUCGAACAGCGGCCAGAAGUUGAUGAAGAUGAGAGAGAAGACGAAGAUGAUGCGAAUAUGUCGGAUGACGAGGCUGCACCUGCUGCCGCACCAAAAACUGAAACCGAGUCCACAAAAGCGGCUGUUCAGCCGACUCAAGAAGCGACAGUGGCGGCGACACCGGCAGUUUCUGUUGGAUCUGGCCUCAAACGAGCGCUCGAACUAGAUGAUGAAGGCCGACCAGUACUUCAGAAGCGACAAAAGAGAGGUGGCCUGAAGUCAAAAAUCUCUCUUGUCGCGAGUCAACAGCCAGCUUCAGAAGAAUCAGAGGAUGACGACGAAUGGAACGGGCUCAGCGGAGAUGAGAAAGAGGAAGCCGAUGAAGACGAUGAAGACGAGUCUGACGAAAAUUCCGAAGAUAAUUCGAGCGAGGACUCCGAAGAAGAUGAAUCCGAAUCCGAAGAAGAAACAAGCGAAGACGAGGUGAUGGAUGAAGAGCAAAAGAGCCACAGGUCGUCUUCUUUCAAGGCAUGGGCCCAUCAGCAGAUAAACGAGGCACAAGGAUACCAACCAGUGGACGCAGCUUCGUCUGUACUGGAGAUACCCAAGCCCGAAAACUUCGUCCCUAGGGCUCCCGAGCAAGAUCCGCUACCAAUGGAAUUACAAGUAACCGAAAAGACCUUAAGAAAAGUCUUUAGUGUAGGCGUUGUCCGAACGCCUGAGAUUCAAGAGGCUCGAAUGAAGCUCCCGGUUGUCUCUGAGGAGCAGAGGCUCAUGGAAGCAAUUCACAACCAUGACAUUGUCGUAAUAUGCGGUUCUACCGGUUCCGGAAAGACGACGCAGGUACCCCAAUUCUUGUACGAAGCAGGCUAUGGGUCUCCCGAUUCUCCAACACCAGGCAUGAUUGGCGUCACCCAGCCUCGUAGGGUUGCUGCUGUCAGUAUGUCUAAGCGAGUGGCGGACGAACUGGGAGAUCAUUCCAGCGCAGUGGCUUAUCAAAUCCGAUUCGAGGGCAACGUUGACGCAAAGACGGCCAUCAAGUUCAUGACUGAUGGUGUGUUGCUUCGAGAAGUUGCGCAAGAUAUCACUCUGCGAAAGUAUUCGGCUAUCGUUAUCGACGAGGCUCACGAGAGAAGCGUCAAUACCGACAUCUUAAUUGGUAUGCUCAGUCGAGUCAUUAAGCUGAGGACCGAAUUGUCGCAAGAGGACCCAACGAUCAAGCCUUUGAAACUCAUCAUCAUGUCUGCCACGCUACGGAUAGAAGAUAUGACCAUGAAUCCGACUCUCUUCCCAACACCACCCCCUGUUGUGGAGGUUGAAGGACGCCAGCAUCCAGUGACUAUUCACUUUGCACGUCGCACGCACUCUGACUACGUAGAAGAAGCAUUUAAAAAGAUUUGCAGAGGCCAUAAAAAGCUACCACCUGGUGGAUUUUUGGUCUUCUUAACUGGCCGCAACGAGAUUUUGCAGCUGAGCAAGAAGUUAAAGGCUGCUUUUGGAGGACCAAGGUCAGCUGAAGGCCCCAAGGUGCAGAUAUCGGCGACCGAAGCACCAGUUGAAGUCGAAGAUCUCGAAUUUGGCGAUGUUGAUGCCCACGAUUUUGACGACGACAUAGACGGCAUCGAAUCUGAUGACGAAGGAGAAGGAGAAGACGAAUUCAAGAUUGACGAAGAAGAUGAAGUUGUUCCCCUCAAGAUGCAGAUACUGCCUCUCUACUCGUUACUUCCUGUCAAAGAGCAGCUGAGGGUUUUUGAAGACGUUCCAGAAGGAACUCGAAAAGUCAUAUUGGCAACCAACGUUGCAGAAACCAGUUUGACCAUUCCUGGUAUGCGAUUUGUUUUCGACUGCGGACGCUCAAAGGAAAGGAACUAUGACCGUCUCAGUGGUGUCCAAAGCUACGAGAUUGGCUGGAUUAGCAAAGCUAGCGCUAGCCAGCGAUCUGGUCGUGCUGGACGUACCGGACCUGGUCACUGCUAUCGACUCUACUCAUCGGCUGUCUAUGAGAGAGACUUCCAAGAGUUCUCAGAUCCCGAAUUACUCCGUACACCUAUCGAAGGCAUUGUGUUGCAGCUCAAAGCCAUGAACUUGCAGAACGUCGUCAACUUCCCCUUCCCAACGCCUCCCGACCGACAGAUGCUUGCCAGGGCUGAAAAAUUACUUACAUAUCUUUCUGCCAUAUCCCCUAGCGGACAAGUUACAAAGGUUGGAACAACAAUGUCCAUGUUCCCCCUAUCGCCUCGAUUUGCAAGGAUUCUGCUCGUGGGACAUCUCCACAACUGCCUGCCCUAUACCAUUGCUCUGGUAGCUGGACUGUCCGCAGCGGAAGUCUAUCUCUCGGAGAGUCAAGCAAUCCCGGCUCUGGCUGCUAAAGAGGACACCGAGAUUCGUACUGCAGAAGAUGUGAUUGCCGAGGAUCGCCAAGCCAAUGCCAGACGACUAUUCAACCAGGUUCAGAAGAAUUUCUGCUUCUUGGAUGACAAAUCUGACGCUAUUAAGCUGCUGCAGGUGGUAGGCGAGUAUGCGCAUGAACCGACUGAGAAGUGGUGCGAGGCUCAUUUCGUCCGCUUCAAGGUCCUCAAGGAGAUUCAACAGCUGCGGAAACAAAUCACAGACCUGCUGCGCACAAACAUUCCUUCGUUCGCGGCGCUCAAGUACCAGGACAAGCUAGAUCCCCCAUCACCAAAGCAGGUCAGUGCUUUGAAGCAAAUGACUGCAGCUGGCUUCUUGGAUCAAGUGGCUAUCCGCGCUGAUCUGGCACCCAAUCCGCCCGAGCAGUUCAGAAAGCCACGCCGAGCUAUCGAUGUGCCAUAUAUACCCCUUAUUCCUUUACACAGACCCGGCAGCGGCGAAGAUCCAUGCGUUUAUAUCCACCCUGCCUCUUCUCUUGCACACGUCAGCAUCCAGGAAUGCCCCGAGUAUAUCGUUUAUGCCUUCCUCCAGCGAGCCACGCCUUCUGGUGCACUUGAUUCGGAAAAGAAGCCUAAGACGAGAAUGCAUGCUCUUACCGACGUGACAGGUGGACAACUGGCAGGACUGGCAAAGGGAACGCCGCUGAUUAGCUAUGGAAAGCCAAUCAAAGAGGUGAAGGCGCAGUCGUUGGGAGCAGAUGGUGCCAUGACGAGGGAAUGCUGGGUCGUACCAUACUUGAGGGCGGAGAAUACUGCAGGACAGGGAUGGCCUCUGCCGGCGCAGAAGGUGAAGCAGAAGAAACUAGCGGGUAAGGGAUGGGUUGUUGAGUGAAGUUGAAUAGUAUAUAUAUCACAUAAUGGCGUUGUUGGAUGGGUUAGAAUGAACAAAAGUAAUAGAUAUAUAAAUUACUGACGAUAUUAUGCUACUUGCACUUCUACCGGCUUGCUUCCAAUACACGAC